AUGGCCAACAUGUUCCUGCGCGCGACGGGUAGCGCCAUCUUCCUGGCCACCAUCAUCUUCACCAUUCCCCUCGCCUUCGAUGUUGGGGGGAGGAGGUGUGGACUUGCCUUCAGUCUCAGCCUGGCCAUCUUCUACUUUACCCUCAGCACCCUCCGACUCGCGACUCCCGAUCGAUCGACCCUGCGACGCGGCCUCGUCAACACCAUCUCAGGCCUACAGGUCUUGGUCAUCCCCACCCUCCUCAUCUGGACGCUGAACAAAUUCAGCGUCGACGCAGGUGUUGUCGGCACGGCGGAGAAAUACAUUCCCACCUUCAAUGAAUGGGUGUUUGGGAGGGAUGGUGGGAUAGACCACCUGUUGAUCGGCGGCUGGGACAAACUUCUCCGCUACAGCACGCCCAUCUUCCAGCUGGUGGAGGGAUUCUGCUCCUUGCUGGUCAUCCAAGCCGCCGGCCAAGUCACUCGAUAUCUGGUCAACAACGGAGACGGCGGUGACCAGUGGAUGAUUGGCUUGAUCGUUCCUUCCGGUUCCAUCAUCGCGGGUUCGGGUUACUUCAUCUACCGCAUGACCACCUUCCCCGCCCUGGACACCCAAGACGCCAUCCUCAUAGGAAUCGCCAUCGCUUCCGCCUUUUUCCUCGCCAUCUGGGGCAUCUCUUCCGGUAGGGGCAACGUCGUCGAAUCCUCCCUCCUCUUCGCCUACGUCACCCUCUGCAUCUACCAAAUCUUCACCGACUACCAACCCUCAAAUCCCCUCCCCGCUGCAGAAUCCAUCGUCAACAACACCGGAGACUACCCACCACUACCUCCUAUCCUCAUGGCAAGCUACACCACCAUGCUCCAUGCUCUAGCAUCCCUCCCCUCGGUACUCCACUCCGCGUUCGGCUUCAUCUCCGCCGCAAUCCAAACCGUCACUCCCUCGGUCAUCAUCUCCCUCAUCUACCGCCUCAUCGUCCUCUACGCCGCCGCCCGCAUCAUUCCCGCGGUUCGGGAGAGUGGAGCACGAGCCUUUUCCGAAGACCCUUCCGCGGCUGAUGAUGCCGCAGAGUCGGUGUCCACCAUCAUGGGAGUUCUGGCAUACUACGCUCCAUCARUAUUAAUCGCCGUCUACACCAGUCUGCUGAUGCAACAUUUUGCCAGCAGUUCCGCUGACCACCCGGGAGAAUGGUGGACGAGUCAGGGUGGAGAGGGAGGAGGCAAUAUUUCUCGGUGGGCCAACCUAGCCGGCACCAUGGCCCUUUAUGCUGUGGAGUUGUGGAUGGGCAAGGGGGAUGAUGGUUUGACGGGGCAUUGGAAGUUGGAUUAG